GAUGUUUUGCCAAGGCGAGGACUCUCUCCUGGGGGUAAACUGAACGUAGGGCUCUUCAAGAUCCAGGACACAAAUCCCUCACUGGGACCCCGAUCUUGUUGGCAGGGAUGCAGGGGUCAGGGACCUGGGCUGGCCUAUGUUCCUGUGCCCUCUGGUGUUCCCUCUUGCCCUGGGACCCUGCCUACCUCCCACUGGGCGCUCAUUGCCUCCCGUAACUCCUCCCGUAGCCUGGACAUAGCAGUCAUCACCUUGGAGCAGUGCCAGCAUCUGCUACGGCAGACCCAGGCUACUGCAAGCUCCACGGGAAUCCAGGCCUGGGAGAUGUGGCAUCGUGCAAGGGGGUCCUGGGGCAUGGCCACCGUGGCUCGUGUGCAAGCAACUGUGCAGACCAUCCAGCGUUUCCUCUUGGCUGAAGGUGCGGAUGCUGUGAGCAUAGAGCUGGUGGCAUGGCGUGGGCUGGUGGUGCCCGUCCCCCAAGACGGGGCAGCGGGCCUUGCCUUCCUGCUGGAUCAGAUCCAGGGUGCCCUCCCUGCACCAGAGGCCGUGAGUCAGGAGCUGCCCAAAGCUGAAGGUGUCCUCCAUCGGGCACAGCAGACCAGGGCGGGUACAGCCAGGGCUCUUCACCAAGUGCUGGAUUUGGAGGGAGUGCUGGUUGAGGCAGGAACUCAUGCAAGGUCUGCAGAGCAAGGACUGCAGGUGGUGAAACAGAGACUUCGGGGUCUGGAGGCCAGUGCACAGGAGGUGGCCAGCCACCUGGCCCAGGUUGCACUGGCGGGGGAUGUGACCCCAGUGGUGGGACAUCUGUCCAGUGGAUCUGCGGCUCUCAGGACCCGUUUGGCCCUGACUCAGCGGCAGGCCUGGGAGGCAGAAGAGCGAGCCACGCAUGCCCUGGGCGUGGCUGGGAGCCUGGGCCAGGAGCUGCAGGUGGCCCAGUUGGGUAUGAUGGAGUUGCAGGAGGGCACGGAGAGCCUUGUGGCCACGGUGCAGGAUGCAGGAGAGCGGGCACAGCGGGCACGAGCUGAGGCCCGAGAGCUGCUAACGCUGGUACAGGACAGCUGGAGAAGACUGGAGGGGUUGGAACGCCGCCUGGCUCAGAACGAGGAGGCACUGGGCAAGAAAGUGGCCACCCUGUGGGCCCUGGAGCAGCGGGCAGCAGAGCUACUGGGUCACAUGCGGCUGUGGGCCAGGGCAUACGCCGCCUGCUGACUUCAGUCUGUGGAUGCUAGUGAGAGGGACUCGGACUACCUGGGUGACUCUGAGUGACCCCACAGUGACCCAGGAAUCCCCUGACCUUGAGAGACCAGAGACACCAGAGUGCCUGCUGAUCCUGAGAGAUCCAUGUGACACCAUGUUGUUUAGUGGUCCUCUGACCUUGACAAAUAGGAGGGGUCACGUACAACUCCCUGAGGCCAUCUAGUGCCCCCCGAGAUCUUGAUAGAGCCUUAUCUCUGAGUGAUCGAUAAUUCUGAGCGCCCUCUAGUAUCCCUGGGCCCCUUGGAUUGACCACACGACCCCCCUGGUGUCUGGUGACCCCACUCCAGAUAACUGGUGAACCUUGAUGUUUCCCCUAGAAAACCCCAGCUUUUUGCCCUGGGCCCGCCGCUCUAGGGUACUCUCCACCUGACCCCAGACAGUGGGCGCGGAUGUGGCAAGCUCAAAGUCACCCCGACAGGGCCCUACAGACCCCAGAGUCUGGUCCCCGCCGAGGUCCCAGGGGCCUGGGUGGGGCACGCGCUCCGGCAGCGCGCAUUCCAAGCCCGGAUCUGGGCGCUCCCGGAGGGCUGAAAAGUCCGGAGUGGAUGAAUAGCCAGAAGAUCUGGAUUCACUUGCUACCGCUCUGGUCUGUUGUCAGUGCCCAGCUCCCUUUUUCAUACCAGGAAACUGAGUUCUUCUCAUGCCUACUUGUUGUAGUGACUGGGGGAGGCGGAGACUCUGAAUGGGGGAUGGCCUUUCUCCAUCUCUCCCAAACCCCCAUGUUAUCCUGUCCCUCCGGUCAGGCUGUCCUGAAGCUUCUCACAGGCCCUGAAUAGGGGUGCUUGGCACUCUGAGUGUGCCUUUCCGCCGCCUCACUGAUGCUGGAGCCCUGGGAAUGGAAAGCCUAGUUGAUGGAGACUCCCACAGCACCAACGACACUGGGGACAAAGACUUGUCCCGUGGGCCCCUUGAGGUCUCCAAGAUCACACUCCUCUCCUUGGCUUGUGCCACAACCCCUGCUUGAUGUGUCCCUGAACUGUAGUGGCCUAUGACCCCAAGCCCCAGUGUUCCCCUGGCUUUGUGCAGACCUGGGCCUGGGGGCACAAUAAAGGUUUA